AUGCAACAAACACCUUUUCACCUUAUGUUUUUGUGCAGUCUUUUGAUAUUUAUUCAACAGCGCAAUAAAACUGAUGCUCAAAUAUUUCGCAAUUUAUCGGUUUCUAUUAAAAAACGACUGGAUGAUUUAAUCUCAUCUUUAACAAUAGAGGAGAUUGUUGAUCAAAUGGCAAAUGGUGGCGCAGGUCCAACAUACGGUCCUGCACCUGCUAUACCUAGAUUAAAGAUCAAACCCUAUCAAUGGCGUACAAAUCCAAAUCAAGGUCUUUGUACUUCAUUUGUAAGUCAUAUUAAUCAAGCUGCCUCGUUUGAUAUACUGGAUGUCUGGAAAAUUGCUUUCGCAAAUGGCUUAGAAAUGAGAGCUAAAUGGAAUCAAUUUAGUCAACAAAAUAAUUACUCUGAUAAUACAGGAAUAAAUGUGUUUGCACCAACUGUCAAUCUUCUUCGGCAUCCUCUUUGGGGAAGAAAUAAGGAGACUUAUGGGGAAGAUCCAUAUUUAGCGGCUGAAUUAGCUAGAGCAUAUGUACAUGGGAUUAGUGGUUGGAAUGUACCGAACGGUGGUGCAAUCAAGGUACACUUACUAACAAUAAAUCCAAUCAGACAACAUGUUUUAUUGGUUGGUGCAAACUGUAAACACUAUGCUGCACAUUCCGGACCAGAAAACGAUCCUGUUUCAAGGUUAUCUUUUGAAGCUGAUGUCCCGGAGCACGAUUUGUGGAUGACCUAUCUUCCGGCUUUUCGUGCAUGUAUGGAAGCUGGAGCUGUUGGAGUUAUGUGUGCAUACAGCGGAGUGAAUGGUACACCAGCUUGUGUAAAUCACUGGCUAUUAGAUACCGUAAUUCGAAAGCAGUGGAAAUAUCCAGGUUUUGUAAUUAGUGAUGAAGGUGCCUUGCAAUUUUUGAUAUCGAAACAUCAUGUUUAUUCGUCUCUACAGGAAGCGGCUUUAGCUGCAGUUAAAGCCGGUGUAAAUAUAGAAAAUGCUUUACCUAAUGCUGUUAACGUUUAUUCUGAACUAUUAAAUCUUACAAAAUCUGGCAAUGUGAGUGAAGAUGAAUUACGAAAUCUAGUUCGUCCUUUGUUUCUUGCUAGAAUACUAGAAGGUGAAUUAAAUUCGCCAGAAAUGGAUCCAUAUGCUCAUUUACUGCCCAGUACAGUUGUUAAGAGUGAAAGGCAUAAAUAUUUAUCGUUGGUUACUGCAGCCAAGUCAAUGGUACUUUUGAAAAACUAUGAAGAAUUUCUUCCAAUUAAAACGAAAUCUGAUACAAAUGAACGGACGUUAAAACAUGUUGCCUUACUUGGACCAUUUUCAACAAAUAUUAGUGAAUUGGUUGGGAGUUAUACUAAACACAUUGAUCCGAAUGAUACAGUUCCCUUGGAUAAAGCCCUUGAAAAAAUAAGUGGAAAUGUUACUGCCUCAGAUAUUUGCAUUGAUGGUGGGAAGUGUACAAUGUUUGACGAUUUAGCUAUUCAAGAAAUACUUUCCCAACCAGAUAUUGACCUUGUUAUCAUAACCAUUGGUACGGGACGAAAUGUUGAAGAUGAAUCACAUGAUAGGCAUAAUCUGAGUCUGCCUGGACGUCAGAAUGAAUUUUUAUUAAGUACAUUAGAUAUGGCAGCCGGUCGUGGGAUAAUUAGGCGCAAGCCUGUUCCAGUAGUUUUAUUAGUCUUUUCUUCUGGACCAAUUGAUAUUGAACCAGCAGUGAAAGAUGAAAAUGUUAAAUCCAUAUUUUGGUGUGGUUAUAUGAAUGAUAUACUCGGUGAAGUAAUAGUUCGUGUACUGAUUGGAAAUCCUGGUAAACAAUUUGGACCGUACGCACCGUUACUACGAUUAGAUCCUGAAUUAUCCGAAAUCGGUAUGUGGGGUACGGAUAUAGAUGAAGGUUACUGGUGGAUACCAGCGGCUAGAUUACCAUUUACAUGGUACUCAUCAAUUGACGAGUUAGCCCACAUAACUGUAUAUAAAAUGACAAAUCAGACCUAUCGUUACUUGCCAAAAUCUUGUACCAAGCAACAAAAGGGGUGUAAAAUACCAAUUCUGUAUCCAUUUGGUUAUGGAUUAUCAUAUAACAUGCUAUCUCCUUCACUUAGUGGUAUUAAAUAUUUAAAACUGGAGUUACCACUGUCUCCAGUUAAACCAAACCAACCAAUAACUGUUUAUGCAACGGUAGCUAACAUAGGAGCUAUUGCAUGUGAGGAAGUAGUACAACUGUAUAUCCAAUGGGUAAAAUGUGGGCAAACUGAUAUAACUAAUGAAGAUCAGUGGGAAUGCACUGUACCUAAUAUUCAGUUGGCUGGCUUUAAACGUAUUAGACUAGAUGUCGGCGAAAAAAAGGAUCUUCAUUUUCAAAUAUCUCCGGACCAGUUAAGUGUAUGGUCUAAUCAAAAUAAAUCCAUGGUUCCUGGUCAAGGCACUCUCCGUAUAACAGUUGGAGGACAACAACCUGAUCAACCAGUUACAGUUGGAUCAAACUAUUUGAUUGGUAUAGUUAAAAUAGAUCACACAAAGCAGUCACAUGGCUGGCAAAAGCUUGGAACUUAA